AUGAACGAAGACGAGUGGCAGGCCUUCCGGCCUGAGAUCCAGCGUCUGUACAUAGACGAAAACAAGACGCUGCCGGAAGUUCGGAGGCACCUGGAGUCCAGGUACGGCUUUCGAGGAACGAAGACGCAGUAUGAGCGACGACUCAAGAAAUGGGGCCUCGUCAAGAACCAGAAGGUCUCGGAUCUCGAAUGGAAGUUCAUCGGCAGGCGCAUCCACAAGCGGAAGCUCGCCGGCAAGCACAAGAGCGAUGUGUACAAAUACGGUAGACAGGUACCCCCGGGUACAGUCAAGACCGCGGUGUACGGUGGGAAAGCAUACGUCCCGACCACGAUGCUUGCCAGAGAGUCGUCCCCAAGCACACCCGAUAGUAUUCUCGUUUGCAGUCCUGCGUCUCCAGGGCUGCACUUUUCCUCGAAGCACCCCCUUCCAUGGCAGAGCUUUUCCAAGCUUCUGCCCACGGAUUAUAUCCAACAUGAGCACCAUUCCUUUUCCACCACCGUGUCGCCCCGCUGGGAGAUCAUGAGCCCGUCGUGCGAAUGGAAACAGCGUGUGCGAACACACCUUAGCCUCGCCGUGCCAUGGAUCAAGCUCGAUUGCCUUUCAGGCAAAGAGUGCUGCAGCCGAGACGCCUCUGCCGUAAUGGCCCUAAUGCCGAACCAUGAAACCCUCGCCUCAAGGUCGUGUCAAGAUGCGAAUCACAGCCUUGACUUGUUUGAAAUCCAGCUGUUCCUCAUGUCCAAUUCCUUUGGUGUAAGCGAUGCGCAGAAUAUGGAGACGCUCCGCAUAUCAGGUUUGGACCGCCUCGAUCGUUUUCAGACCCUGUUGACCGUGGAAGAGCCAACCGCUGCGGCCGUAGCAGAGAGGCUUUUUGCAAGCGCCUUGCGGUUGUUUGACAUUAAUAUCGUGAGCAUGAUGCUGAAGGCUGGGAUGAACGCCAACGGUGUCCUGUCGAGCACAGAUACGCCCGGCCAGGAGACCAUGUCAUAUUUGGAAUACGCCGCCGAAAGCUCCGGCCAGAGUGGGCGAGAACUUUUGGAGCUUCUUCUAUCUCACGGCGCAGACGCCAACCUGAGAGAUUAUAGCAAGCCAGCUAUGCGACGAGCUAUAUGUCGAAAGAAUACUGGGGCGAUUGAGAAGCUCCUCCUCCAUGGCGCUAUUGUUGCAGCAAAAGAUCUCGCCGCUGCAGCCAAGUAUCUCGACGACAUGGCCCUCUUCGAACACCUUCUGGCUGCAUGCCCUGAUGUGAACCCUGACAUGGACCCUGAUACGUACAGCGCCCUAGCAGAGGCGGUGAUGCGACAAAACGUCCACAUGAUUAGCCUUCUGUUGGCCAGAGGUGCGGACCCCGCCGGCACUGUACGAGUUGGAUUACGAUCUGGAGCUCACGGGUUCACUACGCAUCUUGGGCUGGCCAUCCAAACAAACGAGUUAUCGGUUAUAGAGGCCAUACUCAAUGCGCGCAAUAGCAUUGUUCAUGAUGAGAUUGAUCAGUCGUCCCGGAGUGAAUAUAUUUCUCCCCUCGCGCUUGCUGUCGACAGAGGCAACCCUGGACUUGUGGAUCUUCUCGUGCAGGCCGGUGCUGAUCCUCGAGCAGAAGAUCCAUCGCGUGGGUUGACGCUAUUAGAAAUGGCGGUCACGCAAAACAACAUCGACAUGUGCCGAACACUUCUGGCAUAUGGCGCCCCUGUGGACCCUCCUUCACACAGGCGGAAACAGUCGCCCCUUUCCGUAGCGGUUGACGAAGAGCGUGUUGACAUGGUCUCCCUUCUGCUUAGUGCAGGGGCUCGUGUCAAUGACGAGUAUGAUGAGCUCCCUGGGACUGUACUUGCCAGGGCCAUCGAGCACGGAAACGUGCUGCUGGUCGAUCUGUUACUGAACGCCGGGGCAGAACGGGUGGGAGGGUCGUUGCGAUGCAUCGGGAAUUUGAAAACAGCAGUAUACCUCCGCCGGGCAAACAGACUGCAGAGCAUCCUGGAUAUCAGUGGAGCUGCGGUUCUGGCAAUUUCUAUCCUGUCAGAAGACGAUGCGUUGGCACAGUUCCUGCUCGACCACUCCUUUGACGUUAAUGGCACCACUGUAUUUGACUAUUUGUGGCAUUGUGCCUGCUCGGACGAUGAUCCAAUAUAUGUCCGAGUGCCUGAAACGACGCCACUAAGCGCAGCUUUGCAGACAGGCAAGAUUCGCCUGGCAGCCGACAUUCUAGCCCGCGGCGCGGAGAUAACCGACCCUGACCUCGGAGCAGCAUUGCAGCAUUCUCUAUCGGAGAGUCGGGAUGGCUGGUUCUACUACCUCCUGGAUCGGGCUUCUGGCCAUGCCCCCACGGCAAUCGGGAUUGCCAUCAUGGCCGGUCGAGCAGAUAUCCUACAGCUUAUGCUCAGCAAGGGUGUGAGCCCAGAGGGUGUUCCUAAGUUAAAGCAUACCUGGCAAUUACGUGGACCAAAGUACAGCCUCCGUUUCGACGAACCACACUCGGUGCUUGAAGUGGCAGUUAUGGAGAACAACGAACGUAUUCUCCGGACUCUAUGUGACUCUCAUCCAUGGGGAGAAACGCAAAAAGGGCGGGCGCUGUCCCUCGCGAUCGUUUUCCGUCGAGACGAACUCGUCGAGUACCUGUUGCAAGAAACGCUGGAUAUGAACCAGGAAGUCCAUGUCCAUUUUUGGAAUCCAAACGGGCAUUAUAGCCGUGCCGACUCGGAGUUGGAAAAGUCAUGCACUCCUCUCCAAGCUGCAGUCUUGAAUCAAGAUGCCUUCUUGGUGCAGCAGAUCCUGAAGAAUCCAACUACCGAUAUCGACCACUGCAGCAAUGAUCACCAUGCGGCGGGAACAGCGUUGCUGCUAGCUGUGAAGCAUGGUAAUAUGCAGCUGGUCGAUAUACUCCUUGACCACGGGGCGGAUGUCAAUAGACGUUGCAACUUGAAUGGAGAUGCUACACCGUUGCAAUGCGCCGCUAGAAAGGGCUUCCUCGGUAUUGCUCGCAGACUUCUCGAUCAUGGGGCCGACAUCAACUAUGACCCCAAGCAUUGGUUAGUGCAGUCGGCAUUGGUCGAAGCCGCUACACAUGGCCGCAUUGACAUGGUUCAGAUGCUGCUCAAUGAAGGGGCGUCUGUGGUGGGUGCGGCUGGUAGGAAACAGUACAAGGAGGCUGUGUCGAACGCAGAUGGGAACGGACAUCAUGCUGUGGCAGAACUUAUAAGGGCAUUCAAGCACCGCAAGGAGGUGGAGAUGCGUCCUGUUCUGGAACUUGACAGUGAUAAUGAUAUGUCAUGA